CAGCUCUCGCAAUAAUUUGGUAGCAACAACAAAAGCGGGGAGUCCAUCGUCUACUGCACUUUCAUUAGAGCUUGCGCGGAUGAUGUUAAAAAGCCGCGAAAAAGGUCUUAAGAUGAAAGAAAUUGCAGCGCAGUCGACUGCCAGCUAUGGUUUGGCGCAACAACCAACUUUUGUGCAUGCACCAAUUUUAAACACCUCCAAGAAUGCCUACGAUUUAUUCGCGGCCAAAAUGUUGCAGUUGUCCAAUCCGGAAAUUUAUUCCAAAUGCAACCGCCGCAAUCAGACACCUAUUCAACAAAACGUAAGUGGUGAUGAUGGUGACGUUGGUAAGAACAGAUGUUUUUGCGAUUACAAAACUCCAUGUAAUCGACAAAAACUGCGACAAAAUAUUCGUAAAUGUAUGCAACAUCGAAGGUUAAAGCAAAUUAGAUCGUCUGAGCAAACCAUCAGCUUACAAUACCGACCAAAUAUAGAUGGCGUUGCGGCAACAUUUGAGACUACGCUAGAAGUCGAGUUAGGAGCAGAACUAGAAAUCGCAGUAAAUGGUAGUGUUGUUCAAAACCAGACUACAACUAUGCGGUCAGACAGUAGUGCUUACAUAUGUGCUGACGCGGAUAGAAGAACAACCGCAAAAAAUGAGUUUGCCUCCACACUUCUGUCGAAGGAAGCACUUUUUCACACUAAUGUCAAUGCAACUUGCAGCCAUGGUAUAAUACCGUCAACUCUAAAGAUUGGUAAGCCGAUUACAAUAACAACAACACUCAAAACCAGCUUUUUAAGUUUGGUUCGAAAUGCGUUUUUAAUGAUCGCUUUAAUAUUAACGGUACUGACUCUGCAACGAGUGAGCGGACAGUAUCUCCUAUCCAUAGCUGCAACUACUGCGUCUGCAACAACGACCAGAACAGCGAGAGAUAUGGGAGCAACAACUAUAAUUCCUGUGAGUUCUACGACUGUUAAAAAUAUGUUCGACAUAACUGAAACAAAUAAUAUACAACCCUGCGAACAUCAAAAAAUAAGACUAAAAAGGCAGGAUAGUGCACAGAAACAACCAAAAUCAUAUGUCGUUCAGAAAAGUAAUCAUCACAGCGAUUUCAGCCGUGUUUCUGCAGUAAAACUACAAAACGCUAAAAAGCACAACAACAGCCAGAUUGAAUUUAGUAAAUUUAUUUAUAAUAACUAUAAGAAAAGGAAGUUUUUUAAUGAGAAGCAAAUUGAAGUGCGCCAACAGAAGAUAAUAGCAUUGCAACAGAGACAUCGCAGCAAGCGCGGUACAGUCGAAUCUAUUGUUACACAACUUAAAAGUAAUAAUACGGAAUCAGACAUCAAUAGCAAUAGAAAUAGUAAAAACGAUCGUACUUUCAAAAGCGAAUUAUCUGGUAAUUCAAAUAUAACCACCAAUAGGUAUAACAUUAAAUUUACCGUUGAAGAUUCAAAUCAAAAAACGCAUAGUGCAAAUGAUCAAAAGCUGCUUAAAUUGGUAAUGGAUGGAUUAGGUCUUGAACAAUUGCCUAAUAUGAAGAAACCGACGAAGUUGAUGGUGCUUCUUCAGGUCCACUUUCAUUUGACAAUGAAGAUGCCGCCAUCGAUGCGUCUAAUGGAUCCGUAACUGUGGAAUAAAAGAUGUAUAAUACAUACAUACAUUGAAAUUGUAAUAUUAAAAUAAAAUAAUUGCUAUUUCAAACAAUCCAUUUUCAAUGCUUUCGUCGGCCAGUUCGUGUGUGAAAUUUGAUUUAUCGCUGCCAAUUAUUUUGUGUAUGGCGUCGUAGAAUUCCCAAUUAGACGGAGCUCCUCCGCUUGGGCCCACAGCCUUCCGUUCCUGUCUGAUAUGUUUAAAUUAGCACAUACUUAGUUUUAUUGUAUAAUUAUUUACAAACCUGUACUUCUUUGUUAAAUUAUUAAUUCGAUUUCGCAGCUCUGCUGGCGCUAGGAAAACACCGUGUUCAUUUGCAAGUUGCGUGCUCUUUGCCGAGUAAAUGUGGCUAUUUUUGUGAACUCCACGCAGUUGGGAAUUAAAUUGUGCCUACACUUCAAUUAUAUUUUUUAUUGCGGCAUUCCCAAUAUAUAUUUUUUGGACUUU